UGGGCCUUUCAAGAGCAAAGCUACAGAACAGCUGGGAGCCCCGUUCGUAUCACAAAUAAGAACUUCAUUGACUAUCUCUUCGUGCAAAAUUUGGAGGUUGCCAUACAAUAUGAUUUGCCAAUGCAGAUACACACUGGUUUUGGAGAUAAAGAUUUGGAUUUAAGACUCUCCAAUCCCUUGCAUCUCCGCACCCUUCUUGAGGACAAGAGAUUCUCUAAGUGCCGCUUAGUACUUUUACAUGCAUCCUACCCAUUUUCAAAGGAAGCAUCAUAUCUAGCCUCCGUUUAUUCUCAGGUUCUUUUGGGGUUCUCUGUCCCUGUUGGUGCUAGUGCUUGGGUGGAUCUACUAAUUGCUUUUCAAGUACUAGUGAAGGCAUUGGUUAGCAUGGAUCCAGGUGAUGACACGGAGUUGCACGGAGUUUCUAAAGAAACAAUUUCAAGAAUUCAUGGCUGGUCUCAUGUCUUUACCAAUUAACAUACCUGGAAGUAGACUCCACAAGUCAUUACAAGCAAGUUAAUUAUAUAGUCACAUUAAUUUCUUUAUUUUUCUUAUUUUACACUAUUAUGAGAAAUUAAUAAUAAAUUUGAAGAUGGGUUGUUUCAGGCAAAGAAGAAAAUGUUGCAGGCAAAGAGGGAAUAUGAUGAAGUUUUUUUUAUUUGUUCUUGUUCUUUUACUUUUCCCUCCCUCUAAUUCUUUUUAUCUUGUUUAAUUAGAUUAUAGCGUACUGUAUGGUUCCAAAUGUAUCAUCUGUUGCAUGUAGUUUAGGCUCAUCUUUGGAUAUAGUUGGAAGACAAGUGGUAUUUUUAAUAUUAUAAGCCAUAUUAGUGUGUUUUCUAUUCCUUUUUAACUUUUUUUGGGCAAAUUACACUUCUUGACCAUUUUCAUUUUAAUUGAUGUAUUUAAAGUCUGAAUUGUUUCUAUUCUUACGUAUGCAAUGCAUUGUUUCUUAUUCUUAAUUUUGUUUUCAAGUUUAGUUUAUUUAUUAUUUUAAUAAACAUCAAUUAUUAGUUCUUGAAAAUUGUUUGACAGGUAUUUUUCAAGCUUAGUUUAUUUAUUAUUUUAAUAAACAUCAAUUAUUAGUUCUUGAUCAUUGUUUGACAGGUAUUUUUUUUAUUCAACCAUAUAAAAUUAGCACAAUUUAAAAAUUUUAAAAAAAAGGCUAUGGCGGCAUUUAAAAAACGUCAAUAUAUCCCAUCCCAACGACUAGAUUUUUAAAAUGUAUGAAUGUCUAUGACGGCGUUUUCAAAGACGUCGCUAAAUGUCAUAGUGACGUCAUAGCCAGUUAGGAAAGGACAUUAAAAACGCCGCCUAUAGUAAUAUAAUGACGUUUUUCAAAUGUCAUAAAGUUAUAGCGACGGCCGCGUCGUCGGCGUUUGGUACUAAACGUCACAAAAAGAAAUAGCGGCGUUUUUCGUACUUUUAGCGGCAUUUUUUAAACGCCACUAAAAGUAAAUUUUCCAGCAGUGAGUUGGGUUCUAACUUCUAUGCUUUUUUAUUUUAUUUUAUAAAUAUGUUCAAUUUUCUUUGGUUUGGUGAAAACAGGGACAGAGAAAAUUAUGAAUAAAUCAGAGAAAUUUUGAA